AUGAGUGAUUACUAUCAACAAUAUCUGCCCUCAGCGGCGGGGAGUGGGGAGUCACCAAACCUCAGCCCCCAAGAUGCCCAAUAUCAACCUCAGCAACAUUCUACACAUAUGGGAAAUAUCAGUCCACCCUUAACAACUCCAUAUCAAAGCCUAGGAUACUUCACCGGCUUUCCUGAUCCAAUUAUGUUUCAGGCUCCCAAAGCCCAGAGCAAUCGAAAUCGCAAGAAAUCUGCGUCGGGGGCAGACCACGUCAAGCAUCGCCGGACACGAUCGGGUUGUUACACUUGUCGAAGUAGACGAGUUAAGUGCGAUGAAACUCAUCCUAUCUGUGAGCGCUGUCGCAAAGGCAAAAGGGAUUGUGUAUACCCGGAAGCCUCUUCUGCAAAGGGGCAAGCUACCGAGCCAGGUUCAUCGAAAGAUACAGGAGCAUUGACUCAAGAACCCAGCCCGAACUCUUCACAAGACGAAGCAGACGAAGAAGGAGAGAAAAAUAUUCGGCUCGAGCCAAUCAUUGACGAAGAGGAACCUACCGAGGCGUUAUCACCGACCUCGUAUUUAGCAGGAUUACGAAGAACGAGUACGACGUCAACCUCAAACGUUUACCGGACUACAACAAGACAGAGUUCCGAAACGCCAUCUUUAGAGGGUAAUAAGAGUGCUUCACCAGCAAUUUCAACGGCUACCUCCGCAAGCAUUCCGAUCUCUUUCCAGAUUCCAGAUUCCUCCCUUCAGUCAGCCGUCCCUCGCCCGGAUUGGUCUCAUUUGCCGACGGACCUGCAGUCUCACCUGACGUACUUUUGCGAAAACAUUAGUUACUAUAGUUACGGGUUGGUCAAUGAUACGGACGACUUCUUCCGCGCAAUCCUGCCUAGUUUGGCCGUGCAGGCUGGUAACGAAGCUCUUCUAAAUGCGGUUGUGGGAUUCUCGGUGUACCAUCAGACCGUUCGGAAUCCCAAUGGCAAAAUCCAAGACUUUUUACGAUAUUAUAAUAAAAGUGUUACGUUACUACUAAGUUACCUCAAGAGACGAGAGAAGCAGGGUGUUGCAACGCUAUUAACCAUAUUGCAGCUCGCAACUAUCGAGGAAUACCUAGGUGAUUGGGUAAAUCUUAUGGGACACCAGAAAGCCGCCUUCGAGAUUUUGACCCGGCUGUUCACACCCCAGACAAUCAUGAAUUCGCCUACGUCCCGAAUACUGCUAACUUGGUAUAUUCGAUUCGACGUCUUUGUAGGAAUGAUGGGAGGAUUCGAAACAAGUCUACCGCGACAAUGGUUCUCAACAGUUGUACAAUUCUGCCAGGAGCACGCUGAAAGGGAUCCGGAGGAUGUAGGGAUGAAGACAGAACUACAUGCUUCUGCGUUGCGACUGAUUUCUAGGGAUAUGUCAAUACUCUAUGCGAGAGGCGGUCGGGGCGAGAUAUCGGGUGAUAAUUUUGCUACAGAACACAACCAUAUUACGGAACGCCUCCACGGAUGGAGAGCCAAUUUAGAUCCUGCUUUGACUGAUCCGAAUUUUCUUGUAACUGAUCUUCCGCACAAAGUCCCGAUAAGCGAAGAUGACAUCGUCGAUCCUUACAAGUCGGGCCUCCUUUACGAUUUGCCCCUAUUCUCGACCACCGAGUUAAUAGCAGAGUGGAAUUCUAUCCUCGUCAUGCACAAGAGUCAAGAGGCAUUUGCAUUACAACAGAAGCCAUCGGAUGAGUUAAGGGGUUUGGCCUAUGCUAUAUGCGAAAUUUUUGAGGCAGUAGAGCGGUGGCCUUCAGCACCAAACGGUGCCCUCGUUCCAGUCCAGGCCUGUCUCGCUAUCGCAGCGCUUUUUCUUCCUCGAGACGAGAAACACCAUAUGUGGUUAAGGCGGAAAUAUGCAAUGUUAGAAUCACUAGGAUACGUUUUCCCACUCACCAUACGAGCUCGAAUGGCAGAAAUAUUUCGCGAACCUUCUUGUAUACAAUGGUGGCUCCCAAACGACGAAGGACUAAGUCCCGUAUUACGAAGCAUCCGUGCUUUUGCGGACGAACGCAACGCGAAUCCUGUUUCUCAGCAAACCGAAUCUCUCCGGGAAAUAAGUGCUAUCUUCGCAAAGAUGCGCCUCGACCCCGAACACGAAGGCGUAUCAUCGCCUGGCGGUGAAUCCAAUAGCGGCGCCUCUUCUUUCUGA